CUGGCUCAACUAGUCACUGGAGAAUCAUCCGUCAAUGCUACCGCCAUGUUUUGCAGCGACUGGUUGACCAUGGACACGCUGUCCAGCCACAGCUCCUACCUCCUCCAGCAGCUCCAGGAGCAGAGGAUUCAGGGACUUCUCUGUGACUGCAUGCUGGUGGUGAAAGGUGUCUGCUUCAAAGCCCACAAAAAUGUCCUGGCUGCUUUCAGUUCCUAUUUCAGGUCUUUGUUCCAAAACUCUCCCAGUCAGAAGAACGACGUGUUCAACCUGGUGAUCCAGGAUGUCGGCGGCAUCGGCCAAAUACUGGACUACAUGUACACCUCCCAUAUCGACAUUAAUCAGGACAACGUGCAAGCUCUCCUGGACAUUGCUCAGAGCCUGCAGGUCCCGAAUGUGCAGAGCAUGUGCAACGCUUUCCUCAAACCUUGCCCGCCUCCUGUAGAGAUGCCUUCGUUUGCCCUCCCGGGCAUGCUGAGCUCAGAGCACGACUGCCUUUUGGGGAGUAACCUGCCACAUGACGUUGACCUGCACUGCCCGCCUGACCCCCAGAGGCCGGGCUAUUACGGUGACCUGGAUCACACACGGAGGAUGCCGGGGUCGGUGUCUAACAGCAGCUCGACGUGUGACGUACAGAGCGGCUCCCACGCGCCUGCAGAAAAGCAGCUCGUUCACGGUUACAAACUCCGUAAUUUCUACAGUAAGCAGUACUUCAAGCAAAGUGCAAUUCAGACAAACAGUGCAUCCUCAAGUCAAGGGCCUCUGGUAUUGGUGGAAGAGCAGCAAUGUCAGCUCGGAAUGAGUCAGGGUGCCAAUAGCGCUCCUGUGAUUUUAGGAAACACGGUCCAGCCCAGCCCUUCUUGCACAUCUGUAACAGCAGAAAAAAAUGGCGUCUCUUCAUUGACCCCUUUGAAUAACGUAAACACCCCUGCCUGCGACCCGACCGACUCCUCAAUCAGCAAGCCCGUGCGUCCUAAGAAGACCGUUUACCUGAAGAAAUACAAUUACCUCCGGUCUCAGAAAGCCUUAGAGGAGAUGUGCGCCGAGUCGGCCGCCGAGCCCGUCCUCAGCUGUCCCAAAGAGAGCCUCCAAGGGGGGCCCGUCGCCCACGCUGAGGCUCCGGAUGAAGCUCCAGAGGCUUCCGUCGGCAGCAGCCCUUUAGGAAGAGAGGAGUGUUCUGAAGCAGCAGACACCCAGCUUCCUAGUCCCCCACCUGGAAACCAGGAGGAGCAAAAUCUGAAGCCUCAGUCGGAGCCUCCUCACCAAGUGGGGCACAAGCAGUACCGCUGCCAGUUGUGUGGGAAGAUCUUCAAACAUCCGAGCAACCUGGAGCUGCACAAGCGCUCUCACACCGGUGAGAAGCCGUUCCAGUGCAACGUCUGUGGCAAAAACUUUUCUCAGGCAGGCAACCUGCAGACCCAUUUGCGGCGACAUUCCGGAGAGAAGCCGUACAUAUGUGAGCUGUGUGGUAAAAGCUUCACUGCAUCGGGGGACGUCCAGCGUCACAAAGUGGUUCACACGGGAGAGAAGCCACAUCUGUGCGACAUAUGCGGCAGAGGAUUCACCAAUUUGAGUAACCUCAAGGAGCACAAGAGAACUCAUGCGACAGACAGGACAUUCACCUGUGAUCAGUGUGGAAAGUCUUUCAACACACACAGGAAGCUGCUGAAGCACAAGGCCCGCCACACUGGAGAAAAAUCCCACAUCUGCACCACUUGUGGAAAGCGCUUCAUUGACUCAGGAGACCUUCAGCGUCACAUACGAUCACACACCGGUGAGAAACCGUACGUCUGCAACACCUGCGGAAAGAGCUUCACCCGCUCCGCUAUGCUGAGGAGGCACAGCAACAUGCACUGCAAGGGGCCGUCUGUCCCCAGCCCGGCCGCAGCCAGCUCUGAGCAGACCCAAAACUCGAGCGGACCGGCCUCGUUUACUAAAUCACUCCGCCGGAGUAAACCAUCAGCUGCGACCACCGACCAGCAGUUUUCUGCCAUCAUGCCUGACACAGAUUUAGGGAAGCCCUCGUCGUGCAGUCCCCCGCCCACACAAGCAAUACAACCCAUAGAGACUCCAGGACCCAGCAUGCACCUUAACCCUGCAAUGACCUCCCUUCCAGAGCUGCGCUCCCUGGUUCCCCAUCACCUCCUUUCGUCCGGCCACCAGGAGAGAAUCGCCGCUCUGCUGCCCGCCGACCGCCUGAAGCUGAACAAACCCACUCAGGAAGCCGUGUACGGUCCGUACGUGGAGAACGGCAACACGUGUCUGGACAGAGACCCCGCGGGCAGACCCUACUUGCCUCCGUCGGACAAUCACUGCGGUUCCUUCACGGGGACCGGCAGGCCCUACAGGUCGAGCGAAGGCCAGUUUAUCUCCAGUGUGACUCUCUGGGGCCUGGCCAUGAAAACGCUGCAGAAUGAGAACGACAACGACAUGGAGCAGUAAAAUCCAUGUCGACUUUAUCAUGUGAACAGUUGCUUUUAUCUCAGAGACAAUUUCCAGUAGAGCGACUACAAGUCAAUGAACCGAAAAACAAAACAAUCCUAAACUUCUGAGAGCUCGUUAAAUACAUGGGUGUUGUUUCUGUGGUGACAACUCAGUGAAUGAUGGAACGGCAGAUGUUUGGCUGAUAACUGCUCAACAGGAGCAGUUAUACUAAGAUGUACCACACGAACAUUGAAUUGUUUACUUUAGAAUGAAUUACUGUUAUAUUUGCAUGACAGCCUGUAACGAAGCAAAAAUGGUUUAUCUUUUACGUACAGCAGAGCACUUUUAAGUCAUUGCUCAAGACAGAUGUAUUUUCAUGCGAUGUUGAAUUCUGGUCAGGUAACAAUAAACCAGCUGUUUUUCAUAAGA